GUAUACACGCGUGACAAAGCAUCUGACGAGAGUCACACGGGGUGCACGCGCAUUCCGCGGGGUGUUCGAGAGUGAAGGUAGCAGCUAUUCCAAAGCUUUGAAAAUAAUCUCCUAUUCGUUAUGGAGUGUGCGCGGGUUUUUGGUGUUGUCCUGCUGGUCAGCGUGGCAGCUCAAGCUGCCGCUCAAUGCCCAGGUGUAGAAAUCGUCCCGCGCAGCGGGUGGGGUGCCAAGAAAGCCACGAGCGUGAAGCGCAUGCCCAAUCCUGUCGCCAGAUAUGUUUUCAUCCACCAUACGACGGGCGCUGGAUGCAACAGCAAGGCCAGCUGCAGCAGACUGGUACGAGGAUAUCAGUCUUUCCACAUGGGAAAAGGAUGGAGCGAUAUAGGCUACAACUUCCUGAUUGGCGGAGACGGCCGAGUGUAUACCGGACGUAGCUGGGGCGUCGUGGGAGCACACACAGUCGGCUACAAUAGCAAUGGGGUUGCCUUCUCGUUCAUCGGAGACUAUUCUGGGAGAGCACCCGACGCGAAAAUGUUAAACACCGCCAAGAAAUUGCUUGCUUGUGGUGUGUCAAAGGGUCAUAUCAGCAAGAACUACAGCUUGCACGGACACCGAGAUGCCAACCCAACGUCGUGCCCCGGCAACAGGCUCUACAAUAUCAUUAAGACUUGGCCAAGAUUCAGAGGGAGUCUACGGAAGGGAUAGAUAAAGUUACAAAGCCAUUGCUAAAAUGGCUCAUAUGUAAUGAAACAGGUAGGAAGGCACACAGGCAUCACAGGCCGUCGGGCUAUCAUCGGGGAGUGGGCGAGGAACGGUCCGACAUCGUCGGCUCCCGGCGCUCCCGGUGUCGGUUCAUACGACACUUUGCAACAGGGUAGCGCAAAAUUAAGGUAGCGCCCCGAUGAUGUCCCGACGGACAUCCUAUUCACUCCCCCCACUGCCGGUAUUUAAAAUAUACAUAUACAUAAUUUAAAUAAUCACAACAUGUUCACAGUGAAAAGUUUUGUUGAUGACACUGAAACAACUGUGAACUUCGCGUGUAUCAACAAGAUGCCUUUUCUUACAUUGGGGUGCUUGCAAUGGGAGCUUGUUAUUGAUAUGGAUAUCUGAAGUUUUUUUACACAAAAACAGCACAACAUACCACAUUGUACUUCUUGUAAGCAAACAUCACGGCGAGAUAUAGGUUCAUAUAGGGAAGUGCGGGGUGGAUUCUGAAAGAUGAACGUAGCUUGACGGGUCAGGAUUACACUGUUCAAAAAAAAAAAAAAAAAGAAAAGCACCACACCAGACAA